AUGUACAACUUUGCCCGCGCCCGGCCGCUGGCUCGCGCUGUCCGCGCUGCUGCUGAGACACCGUUGAAGCGCUCUGUCGUCCAGCAAAGGAGAGGUCUCGCCAUCCACGAAUACAGGUCCGCUGCCCUGCUCGAGUCGUACGGCAUCGGCGUGCCCAAGGGUGGUGUCGCUACCAGCGGCGCCGAGGCAGAGAAGAUCGCCAAGGAGAUUGGCGGAGAGGAUGCUGUUAUCAAGGCCCAGGUUCUCGCUGGAGGCCGUGGAAAGGGUACCUUUGACAAUGGCUUCAAGGGCGGUGUCAGAGUCGUCUACUCUCCCCGCGAAGCCUCCAUCCUCGCCGACCAGAUGAUCGGCCACAAGCUCAUCACCAAGCAAACUGGAGCCGCCGGUCGGCUCUGCAACUCCGUCUUCAUCGUCGACCGCAAGUUCGCCCGCCGCGAGUUCUAUCUCGCCAUCCUCAUGGACCGCGCUUCACAAGGACCCGUAAUCGUCGCUUCGUCGCAAGGUGGAAUGGACAUUGAGACUGUUGCCAAGGAGCACCCCGAGGCCAUCAUCACCACCCCCAUUGACAUCCACAAGGGUGUCACCGACGACAUUGCCCGCAACAUCGCGACCGAGCUCGGUUUCUCAGAGCAGUGCAUCGAGGACGCCAAGGACACCAUCCAGAAGCUGUACCAGGUCUUCAUGGAGAAGGACGCUACCCAGAUUGAGAUCAACCCUCUCUCCGAGACUACCGACCACCAGGUCCUCGCCAUGGACGCUAAGCUCAACUUUGAUGACAACGCCGACUUCCGCCAGAAGGAGGUUUUCGAAUGGAGGGACAUCACCCAGGAGGACCCUGAGGAAGUCAAGGCCGCCAAGGUUGGCCUCAACUUCAUCAAGCUCGACGGUGACAUUGGCUGCCUCGUCAACGGUGCCGGUCUCGCCAUGGCCACCAUGGACAUCAUCAAGCUGAAUGGCGGCGCGCCCGCUAACUUCCUCGACGUUGGUGGCGGUGCUACACCUGAGGCUAUCAGGCAAGCGUUCGACUUGAUCACCAGCGACCCCAAGGUCACUGCCAUCUUCGUCAACAUCUUCGGUGGUAUCGUCCGUUGCGACGCUAUCGCCAAGGGUCUCAUCCAGGUCGUCAACGAGAUGAACCUCAAGACUCCUGUCAUUGCUAGGUUGCAGGGUACCAACAUGGAGGCUGCUCACAAGCUUCUCAACGACUCAGGCCUCAAGAUCUUCUCCAUUGACGAUCUCCAAGCCGCCGCUGAGAAGUCCGUCCAGUUCUCAAAGGUCGUCAAGAUGGCGCGCGACAUUGACGUCGGUGUCGAAUUCACUCUUGGUAUUUAA